AAUGGGUCGACUUGUUAAAACAGCUGUAAACAUAUUUCCGGGAAAUACAAACCGAAACAAACAUCAGAACACCGGGAAUUGCCAGGAGGGAGAUAAACAGGGACUCCCUGGAUGCAGGAUUUAAAGCCUAAUGAUAUGUCGUAAGAAAGCAAAAGGAAACCCCCCCUAACAUAUUCAUAAUGAAUGUUCUAGUCGGCAGGCUGAUUCGGCAGGCUGAUUAGGACACGCCCCCUAUUUAUUCAGACACAUAGCCUAUAAAAGAGUAGCCUACUGCAGUCGGCAGUAUUUCUGUAUUCGUUCUAAAGCGAAUGUUGCCACAUGAAUUAAUAGUGGUCCAGACUUCAUGUGACCUUACAUUGUAUCAUUUGUAGGCUAAACUACAGGUGUAAUACCAAUAUCCGUUUGGAUUUUUGUCCAUCUCGUUCAUUUCGGCGCAACUUCUCUCUUAGGUGGGAUAUUUGAUUUAUUCUAGGCUAGCGCGCACCUAUAAGAAUAGGACAUGGCACCGUGGACGCUGUUUACUGCUCUGCUCAUGUUGAGCAUUUUGUUUUUUGCCCGUGGAGAUGAGAUUGGAUGUAAAAAAUGGGAUGACGCUAACAAUGGACAAAUAGUUUGCCUGGAAUGCCACACAGGAAACCGCUUGGUUGUUGACAAAGGUUUUGAUCCAACUAAACUUUGCACUCCAUGUAAAAAUGGCACCUACACAAAAACCAACCGUGAAUAUUAUUGUGACCGAUGCAAUCAAUGUGUUGAUCCACAGGUUGAGCGCACUCCCUGCCACGGAACCACUGACACAGUGUGUGGGUGCAAGAAGGGGUACCGCUGUUACAGACCUGACUGCUCGAUAUGUGAGAGAGAAUGUCCUCCAGGAACACAGCCAUCCAGAGGGAAAUGCCCGUCAUGUCCAAAGGGGACUUUCAAUGAUAAGAUUCAUGACAAAUGCAAAGAGUGGACUAAAUUAAGAUGUCAUCCAGGGUACACUGUGACCAAUGGCACCACCACCACCGAUAGCAAGUGUGAUAUAUCGAACGAGAUCAUGACUACGAAACAAAGACGCUCUACCACAACUCCACCAGAUGAAAAAGAUUGGAAUAUGGCACUGGUAUGGAUUCCCUUGGGUGUCUUAUUCUCAUUAGUCACAGUCAUAGUUGUUGUUUUUGGCUUAUUUAUUACUCGAAUUAAAAUCAAUAAGGUACCCACCAAGACACCAAUCAAAGAGCAGCCUAUAACACCAGAUCCCUUCAGCCUGAUGCUUGUGGAACAGGAGGAAUGCAGCUUCCGCCAGCCACAGCAGGAGCAGGGCAGCUCAAUGGAGUCCCUCUCCACCCAGGACUCCAUGGAGAAGCUCCUGCCUCCCGUCUGAGCUCCUGGGGCCCGAAGAGGAUCUUUCAGAGAGGCCACCAAGGCGCAGGCACAAUAGAUGGUCUUGUUGCUACGGUUACUGCACCCGACCCAUGCCACGCUCACCUAGUGGGACCUUACAGCAGCGACUUUUCACUGAACCUUGGUUAUGCCGGACACUGUCUGGACCCACACCUUGACGUGCAUUCUACAUCUAAUGUUGCUUUCGCAGUCAGUGCCUGGAUGCACCGGUGGACACUGUGACUAAACCUUUGUGAUAUCA